CCAUGUCGCUGCUCUUCCGCCAAGUUCCUGCUCCCUCUGAUUUGGGUCACUGUUUCCAGAAAUGCCACAGAGGCCUGGGGAGAAGGGCAUCGGAGAUCAAUGAACUGAGCCACGUUCAAAUCCCCGUCAUGUUGAUGCCAGACGACUUCAAAGCCUAUUCAAAGAUCAAGGUGGACAAUCACCUCUUUAACAAAGAGAACAUGCCGAGCCAUUUCAAGUUUAAGGAAUACUGCCCAAUGGUGUUCCGGAACCUGCGGGAGAGGUUCGGAAUCGAUGACCAAGAUUUCCAGAAUUCCUUGACCAGGAGUGCGCCCCUGCCCAAUGACUCCCAGGCUCGAAGCGGGGCCCGGUUCCACACGUCCUACGACAAACGAUACGUCAUCAAGAUCAUCACCAGCGAGGAUGUGGCUGAAAUGCACAACAUCUUGAAGAAGUACCACCAGUAUAUCGUGGAGUGCCACGGAGUCACACUUCUUCCCCAGUUCUUGGGCAUGUACCGGCUAAAUGUUGAUGGAGUUGAAAUAUAUGUGAUUGUCACAAGAAAUGUAUUCAGCCACCGUUUAUCUGUAUAUAGGAAAUACGAUUUAAAGGGCUCCACCGUGGCUCGAGAAGCGAGUGACAAGGAAAAGGCCAAAGAAUUGCCAACUUUGAAGGACAAUGAUUUCAUUAACGAAGGCCAAAAGAUUUAUAUCGACGACAACAACAAAACCGUGUUCUUGGAAAAACUGAAAAAGGACGUCGAGUUCCUGGCGCAGUUAAAGCUCAUGGACUACAGCCUCCUGGUGGGCAUCCACGACGUGGAGAGAGCUGAACAGGAGGAAGUCGAGUGUGACGAGAACGGCGGGGAAGAGGAGGGGGAGAGUGACGGGACCCACCCGGUGGGAACCCCCCCAGACAGUCCUGGAAACACACUCAACAGCUCUCCGCCCCUGGCGCCCGGGGAGUUCGACCCCAACAUUGAUGUGUAUGGAAUAAAAUGCCAUGACAGCGCGCCGAGGAAAGAGGUGUACUUCAUGGCGAUCAUUGACAUCCUCACUCACUAUGAUGCGAAGAAGAAAGCUGCCCACGCCGCAAAAACGGUGAAGCACGGCGCGGGGGCGGAGAUCUCCACGGUGAACCCGGAGCAGUAUUCCAAGCGCUUUUUGGACUUUAUUGGCCACAUCUUGACGUAACCUCCCAGGCUGCCUUGGACCGACGUGCACCAUGGGAAGGACAGAGGUGGCUUCAGUACAGGAAAAAUGGAAACCGAGCUCCGCGAAGCACUCACCUUGCAGGAAGCAAACCUCCUUGUUUACAUCUUCAGGCCAAGAUGAUGGAUUCGGGGGCUACUCGCUUUAACAGCUACCUGAUACGUCCCAGCAUAGUUCUUCUUCUAGCUAUUUCUGAUCUGUGUGUGUGUGCGUGUGCGUGUGUGUGCAUUUCAAAACAAGAAAAAAACACAAAACAGAAAGAAGAAAAUCAAAACAGGUCAGCUCCAGUCAGAUUGUACUAUGGCAACCAACUCUGAUCCCAUCUAUGGCUGAAUGAAUGAAUGAAUGAAUGAGCACAUGAGAUGGGGGAGGGCAUGCAUGUCAGACCAACCGUGCUGGCAUCCCACAAUAAACUGUAGAUCAGUUUAUUUUCUUUUUUUUUGCUGAGUUGAAAGAUGUGAGACAGUAUUCAUAAUAAUAACGAAAAUAAUGAUAAUAAUAAUGAUUUUAAAAACAAACAAACAAACCUAACCGCGAAUGUUACACUCGUUCCCCGCACGCUGACACUCCGUACUAGUUGUAACACAAGCCCCUUGGCACCAAAUGAGGGGUGCUGGCCUCCCCUGGGUGCACUGCCCCGGGGCUCCGCCUCCACACAGCACGCCAGGACCCCAGCUGCCCGCAAGCAGCUGAUGCCCCUGUGACCCUGUCUGUACCUGUUCACCUCGGGAACGUGUGUCCAGGAAAACCGCUUCCCUCUCUCCUUCCCAGGAGCUUCUUCCUUGUCGAAAGUCUUAUGUUGCAAUUUAGCGAUUCAUGCUACAAAAGACAAAUAAAACUGACCUGGAAAGUGCAUAGUUUUGGGCAAUUGUAUCUACCGCUCCCACCACGGGGCGGUGAGUCAGCGGUAGUGCCCCCGUCACUGAGCACCAACCCGAACCGCCGGCAUUUUAUGUUUUUAGCCAUUGUGUCGACGACGACAAUGGCAUUCUAUUCUGAAUUGCCCCUUUCAAAGGAAACCCUCAAACGUACUGUUUACAUUAUUAGGAAAACAGGGAUAUUUUUGAAUCUAAAAUUUUAAUGUAUAGCACGCGAUUUUUUGACGUUUACAUGUAAAGUCAUUUUGCCGUGGAGGUGAAAUAAUCUUUGUUUGUCGUUUCUCGAGAUGUCUCAUGCAACCCCGUUCCCGAAUGAAUGUCUUGUUCAGAGGACGUGGUAGACUAUCUCACAGUGGAGGGGGAAGGGGGGGCUGUUCCCUCCAGAUUGACAUUUAUCAACCUAAUGAUGUUUUUAAAACAUAUAUUUAACCCCAAUCCAGUUAUGUAAAUGCAUUGCCCUAAACUGUGCUGAUUGUGUCCGAUCAAGUUUCAAUCUUAAGUUUCAAUCAUGUACUUACCGUCUUCCUUGCGUUUCCUGGAAGGUAUCAAGCUGGACUAUUAGACUUGCUUAGGGUUAGGUCAUCAAAUUUAUACACUGUGCUGCAGCUGUGCCUUUGAAAUUCUUUGUUUAAAACAUGAGAUGAUUUCUGUAGGCAGUUUCAGAAAGAGAUAAGGGAAAAGAAAAAAAAAACUAUAAUUAUAACUCAACAAAUCCCACCUGCCAUAAUGCCUCUUCCAGUAACUUAACUCUAAUGCUAUUAAGACCGCAAUUACGCGCCAGGUAUGUGGGUUUGCUUCAGAAAGGAUGAGCAGGGUAGCCUUUGGAAACCACCGUACUGGAUUGUUGUAGGUCUGUUACCCUCAGCAAAAUGACGUUACCACCACCACAACCCGAGAGGGCUUCAAAGAAUCUAAGGAGAGAUUCCAUGAUGUUUCCAUUCCAUUUUUUUCCCACCAAGUUUUGGAAGCCUCCUUGCCGAGUUGUGUAAUCCCAGUAUUGUGUCUUUAAUGGGUCCAUACUGUGAUGUGAUCGCCCACAAUGAACUCGGGCAUCCGGCCAGCUGUGGUGUUCCAAAGUUAUCCUGUGGUUCCUUUGACCCACGCCUAGAAAGAGACCCUGAAGUAAAGAAUAAAGUACCUGAAUUUUUUUUUUUUCCCUCUGUGGCCACUCUGUAUGCUUUUAGGGAUUUACAAAAAAAAGGGGGGGGAAAGCUUUAUUUUUGUCUGUAACCGUCUCUGUCAUCCACUUCUGUUGAUAACCCGCUUAUUUGGACAGUGAGGAAGUUUGCAUUGUAUCUCCCAGUGCUAAAUAUACACUCCAGACAUGAGCAGGGCUGUAUACAAUAAAGCACUUUGGUGACUCA